UUCGGUCGUGCAUUCUCCUUUGGACAAUCACCGUUCUCCCCGACAACGUUUUUUGAAAUAGGUGUAUACAUCUUGAGAGCUUAAAUAGCUCACGUUUGAGGUCACAUUUUGAAAUCACUAGCAAAUCUAGAAAUCUGAUUAAUCUGAUUUUUUCCACAGGUGACGUUAUUUUACCUACAACUACUUUUUUGACAUCGGUACAACCAACACUAGAAAUAACAGCAAGUUCAGGUUUUGAACAUUUUUGAUUCAGGAUUAUCCUCCAAUGACCACAGAUGCUUUAUUUAUUAACGUUAUUUUCUGCAUCAGAAAGUUUUCAGGGAUGUCAGGGCUGUCAGGUGUCUGUUAUAGUCCUUGGUGUGCUAUUUGGUGUGUCACUGAUUUUCAAUGUCAUCUUCGUUGGUUGUUUUAUUUGGAGCCAUCUUACAGAAAAGAAAAGACAAACGAAGAAAAGUGAAAAUACAGAUGACGAAGCUGAACACAUGAAUACGUUUGCGGUUCAAGAACAACCAACCAGUCCUGAUGAACAGAAUGUGGUGCAAUACGAACUUGUUGGCAACUGUAGAGAACAAGAACCUGCUAACACGACCAUGUACCAGUCGGUCAGCCCUCACACAGAUACUUACAGCUCACUUAGUCCAAGCACUAAGCUACCUCCUAAGCCUGCAGGCAUCACGACCAGUGGUAUCUACCAAGACAUUCCAGCUACUUCUCAACAGUACCAGUCUCUCGACAGCUUUAGCCGAGUCUAGACUGACUUGUUAAUUUGAUGUACAUUUUGUUCUUUUUAACUUUACUUCAUGCCAAUGAAUCUUGGAUCAGUAUGUGUUUAUCAUACUUGAACCGGCUAUCACCUAGCACUUACAAUAUUUAUAUUCUCAAUGCUUUGCAACAAUAAUAACUAUCAACUCGUUA